CUUCCUCUGUGUGCCUUUUUAUCUCCUUUGUGUCCCGCACCACGGCGCCCUGCGCGGAAGGCAGCAACCGACAUGGUCAAAAAGCGCAAGGGGUCCCCGCAGUUGCGGGGGUCGAGUAAGAAAGUCAAAGGUGGAGCUGCCUCUUCCUCCAGCCCUAAACCCCACGAGCAGCGAGAGGAUGAUUUUGAAGAGAAAAAACCACAAAGGAAGAAAAGCUUGCCCAAAGCCUUACCUGAAAAAAAGAAGGAAAGAGAACAUGAGAGGGACGUGCCUCAGGUACCCUGCAGAAAUGCAAGGCAGAAAAGAGCAAAACCCGUUGUGAAGGAGGAAAAUAACAUCAUUGUAGAAAGUCAAGGGUCCUGUAAAAAGGGACGGAAAUGCAGUGGUUUACAGAGCACUCUUCUAAAGAAAGAGACAAAUAUAAAAAAAGAAUCCAUUGUCAAAAAGAGAGAUGAAGAGGAAGACGAUGAGGAUGCUGAAAGCGAGGAUGAAUGGGAAGAUGUGGAAGAGCUUCGUGAGCCUGAGGUUGAGAUGCUGGAAGACAUUGCUGUGCCGACGCUGCCUAACAAAACCGUUGAGAUAGAAAUUGAGACCCCAGAACAAGCAAAGAAAAGAGAGAGAAAAGAGAAAAGGCAGGUCGAGUUUGAGACAUAUCUCCGUAGAAUGAUGAAACGUUUCAACAAAGAAGUUCAUGAAGAUACACACAAGGUUCACUUACUGUGCCUGUUAGCAAAUGGUUUCCAUAGAAACAGGAUCUGCAGUCAGCCAGAUCUCCAAGCUAUCGGCCUAUCGAUCAUCCCCACCCACUUCACUAAAGUUCCUGCAGCUCGCAUAGACCACUUGUACCUGUCAAAUCUUGUGAAAUGGUUUGUUGCAACUUUCACUGUCAACUCUGAGCUGUCUGAUAACGAAGAGAGUUGGCAGGCUACGCUUGAGAGGCGCUUUGCUGUCUACGCUGCACGAGAUGAAGAGGAAUUGGUACAUAUAUUUUUACUUAUUCUGCGAGCGUUGCAGCUACUGUGCCGGCUUGUGUUGUCUCUACAACCUAUUCCUCUGAAAGAGUCUGUGGGGAAGGGAAAGCCCUCCUCAAAGAAGCGUUCUGUCAGUGCAGUUUCUGAGGAAUUGGGUGGCUCUGCCAAAAGGCCUAAGGUUGUGUCCAAAAAAUGCACAGGGCCACGGAAGACGAAGCAAGAGGCAGACCAAGAGAAGGUUCUGUCAAGGAGCCAGGAAGCUGAGAAGAAAUCAAAGCCCCCUGGAGCUAAAAAGAUGAUAACUAAAUCCCAGAAAGAAAAGGAAUCUGGCAAUGGUGAGAGCCACCUGAGGGAAAAGGGAGGGUUGGGGAGGCCCAAAAAUGACCGCCAACGAAAGGUGGCCUCAAAAGUGUCAUAUAAAGAGGAGAGUGGGAGUGACGAAGGCAGCGAUUCUGAAUUCCGUGCUUCGGAGGAAGAUGAGGAUGAUAGUAAUAACUCUGAUGAAGAAUUUGAAGCUCCCAGUAGGAAGCGGAGGUCAUUCCUAGGAACCCCUCGAGCAAAAGUAGCUGUUAACAACAGGAGGAAAUCUGCGCCUUCAUUGUUGAUGAAUAAAUUGGAGGUAGUUGGCGGUUCACUGGAGAAAAACACCAACCGAAGUUCUUCCAACCCAUCAAAGAAAAGGAACAAAAUAAUUUCUAGCGAUGAUGAUGAUGAAGGGGAGCAGGGGGCAGUUAAACUGAAAGGCACAGACCAGUGGGUGGAGGUUUUUCUUGAACGGGAAGAUCGGUGGGUAUGCGUGGACUGUGUCCAUGGCACUGUGGGUCAGCCACUCCUGUGUUUCAAAUCGGCCACAAAGCCCGUGAGCUACGUCGUCGGCAUUGACAACGACGGGUGCUUGAAGGAUGUAACGCAAAGAUACGACCCGGCCUGGAUGACUUUGACGAGGAAAUGCCGCGUGGAUGCCCAGUGGUGGGAGGACACUUUGGAGCCGUACAGGAGCUCUUUUGUGGAACGAGAGAGAAAAGAAGAAAGAGAGUUUCAAGUGAAGCUUCAAGAUCAGCCUCUGCCGAAAGCCAUCGGAGAGUACAAGAACCACCCGCUUUAUGGCUUGAAGAGGCAUCUCCUUAAAUAUGAAGCCAUCUACCCUGAGACGGCUGCUAUCCUAGGAUAUUGCCGAGGGGAGGCCGUGUACUCCAGAGAUUGUAUCCACACACUGCACUCCAAGGAUACCUGGCUGAAGCAAGCCCGAGUGGUGCGGAUUGGAGAAGUGCCCUAUAAGAUGGUCAGAGGUUUCUCCAAUCAAGCAAGGAAAGCCCGAAUGGCAGAACCCGCAAACCGGGACAAAAAGGACUUGCCGCUCUUUGGCUUCUGGCAGACAGAGGAGUAUCAGCCCCCAGUGGCCGUGGAUGGAAGGGUUCCCCGGAAUGAAUUUGGGAACGUGUAUCUCUUCCAACCCAGCAUGUUACCAAUAGGCUGUGUGCAACUAAAGCUUCCUAACCUUCAUAGAGUGGCACGUAAAUUGGAUAUUGACUGUGUUCCAGCUGUUACGGGAUUUGAUUUUCAUGGUGGUUAUUCACACCCAGUCACUGAAGGUUACGUAAUCUGUGAAGAGUACAGAGAGGUGCUUGUUGCUGCCUGGGAAAACGAAGAAGCAGAGAGGGAAAAGAAAGAAAAGGAGAAGCGAGAGAAGAGAGUGCUGGGGAACUGGAAAUUGAUGGUGAAAGGACUUCUGAUCAAAGAGAGACUGAAGCAACGCUACUCUACUAAGAAUGAGGCAGCAGGAGCCAUGGUGGAAAAAUUGGCUGGGUUCUCCUCCUCCUCCUCCUCCGAUGAUGAUGAUGAUAAAGGACCAAGUCCAGAGACACCUGCUGGGGAUGUGACUGCUUCUUGGCCCCAAAACCGGCAAGUGGAGGAACAGAGUAAGGGAGAAAAAAGAACCAGAAAGAGCAAGAGGGAAAAGAAAGGAGAAGAAAAGCACUUGUUCCCAUUUGAGAAGCUGUGAUGAGAAGAGUUUGUGCUGAAAUUUUGCCAAGCAAAAAAAGGCACUUUGAGCUUCUUUCAGACCAAUUUGUAAAUACUUUCAAGCUUAGGAAAUAUUUUAUGUAUAUUUUCUGCAAGUUGGAAACUUGGUUUUGAAGCAUUCUAUAAAGAGAGCAUUGUUUAAUUAUAUGCAAAAGUACUCCUUAUGGGAAUAAAUCACAGAGCUAAUGAGGACCUCUACAAAUCUAGGCCAUAAAAUGUACCUUACUCCAUUACACAGUAUCAGGUUAUGCAGAUUGACGUGUGAAUCUUCUUGAAUUCUUUUUAAGAGCUCAGUUAGCCACGUCUUACUCUCAUCUUUUUUAAAGAGCUUUGGGCCUUCCUCUUUUAAAGCCGUGUGGAAUUACGACGAACAGAUCUGUUAAAUUUUGAGACAUCUUCUUGUGGACUUAAUUUUCUCUUGGACAUCCUUAUAAUUCCUCAGUUGCAUCACCCUUUGUUAGUGGUAUCCUUUCACUGCCCUUUCCUGUUUUUGUCUCUAGCUUCUGUUUGUUCAAAAACAAUUUACUUGUUUGAUACAGAAAGGUCCCAAGUGUGUCAUUAUUAUCCUGAAGGUAGUGAAGCCGUGCUCUUUGCUUGUAAGUAAGUUAGAAUCCUUAUUGGCUAUAGGAAAUGUUGUCCGCAUUUAGGGUGCAAUCCACCGGGAAGCUGUCCUGCCCAAGCACCAUAAAUGGGAACUGUGCAAGAGCAGGGCGUAUGGCCUUGCACAACUACCAUUCAUUUCAGCGGAGCUUGUGCAAGAGAGACAAAUGUGAACAUUCUUGCUGGUAUCAUAGGACCUUUGGGGAGGAAGACUUUUCAAGAAUGUGUUAGGGGUUUUUUGGGCUUUGAUUCCCCACUCCCACCCCUUCUGUAUCCCCAUUGAUUUUUACAUAGUGAGCACUGAAGAGAAGUUUCUGUGGUCCCUGUUUUUUAUGAUGCAAGUUAAUGUAAUCUAAAUGGGUCUUACAAGGGGGGAAAAGAAUUCAUGCUUGAAGUGUGCCAUUACAGACUUCAUUAUCAUUGUUUGCAUAUUGUGCUAUUCAGUGUGCUUUGAUUUGUACAGUUUUCCCCCAUGAAAAAGAUGUUAACUAUGCCAGCUGUUUUACACAAGAAUUUUUAAACAUUACCUCUUUUUAUUGGCCUAGAUCUGUAUUGAUUUAAAAACAACUCUUUUCCCUACAUUUGACCUGACUAGAGCUAACUUUAGUAUUGUAAAUAUGUUCAGGAAAAAAAUAUUUUUAUAUUAAGCUCUUGGCAAAAA